CGGCCCUGAGCGGCAGAGACAGCAAUAGGCAGAAAUGAGUAAGAGCCAGAGCUGAACUAGUGCACGGCGUAAUUCCUGCUCUGUGAUCAGACACUCCAAGUGAAAAAACCGGGAGAGGGGGCAGAGAGAGGCAGUGACCAGCUCAACCUUUGAAACCGGCUCAGGACAGAACGUCUGUAGAUAUUUAUAGAUACUAAAACAAAAACAACAACCUCGCCCUGAAUAGAGCCUUUCUUAAAAAGAAGGUCCUGGUAAUUCUGUCUUAUUUAAGCAAUUUCCUGAGUCUAAGAAUAGAAAUGAGCUGCCUGGAAGGCACCGCAGGCUGAAAUUUGGAGACAUAGGCUGCUUUAUUUUAUUUUUCUACAUAUAAAACCUUUCCUUUGGAUACUGGAUUUUUAUGUGGGUCUUUGCAGCGGAGGGAUGUAUAGUUACUUUUAAUUCUAGUCUUUUUUUGCUGUAUUUUAAUUUAAAAAAAAGCUUUCCAGUUCAAAAGCAAGGAAGCUGUUUUACCUGCGUGUGACAAUCCCAGAGGACACCGAUCAAGAAACAGGGGAGUGACUUGAUCUUCUGCACUACUUUACUCUUACCCCCAUUUUUUUAGGGGGAGAGAAGGAUUUUUUUCCCGUCCAAGAACCUCUUGCCCCCAAGUUUUGGAAGGGGGUCGAAGACUUGUCACCCAUCUGGGGGUGCAUGAAGGGUAUUGCUUUUCUUUCUCUGUCACCUUGGUUUUGUGGAGGUUUGGAAGAGAACUUUGCCUGGGAGAAGAGGAUGAUGUGGAAGUGGCUGGGCGCCCUGCUGCUGUUCCCGGUGCAGAUGGUGUACCUGGUGGUGAAAGCUGCCGUGUGCCUGGUGCUGCCACCCAAGCUGCGAGACCUGUCCCGGGAGAACGUGCUGGUCACCGGCGGGGGCAGGGGCAUCGGCCGCCACCUGGCCCGGGAAUUCGCCAGGAGAGGAGUCAAGAAGAUCAUCCUGUGGGGUCGGACUGAGAAAUGCCUGAAGGAGACCACGGAGGAGAUCAGGAUGAUGGGGACAGAGUGCCACUACUUCAUCUGUGACGUGGGAAAUCGGGAGGAGGUCUAUCGGCAAGCCAAGGCCGUGCGGGAAAAGGUGGGUGACAUCACCAUCCUGGUGAACAAUGCUGCUGUGGUCCAUGGGAAGAGCCUGAUGGACAGCGACGAUGAUGCCCUGCUCAAAUCCCAGCACAUCAACACCCUGGGACAGUUCUGGACCACCAAAGCAUUCCUGCCAAGGAUGCUGGAGCUGCAGAACGGGCACAUUGUUUGCCUGAACUCUGUCCUGGCCUUGUCAGCCAUCCCUGGGGCCAUUGACUAUUGCACCUCCAAAGCCUCAUCCUUUGCUUUCAUGGAGAGCCUGACCCUGGGGCUGCUGGACUGUCCUGGAGUGAAUGCCACCACAGUCCUGCCCUUCCACACCAGCACAGAGAUGUUCCAGGGCAUGAGAAUCAGGUUCCCUAGUCUUUUUCCUCCUCUCAAGCCAGAGACAGUGGCGAGGAGGACGGUAGAAGCUGUCCAGAUGAAUCAAGCCUUCCUGCUCCUUCCAUGGACAAUGCAUGUUCUUGUUAUCCUGAAAAGCAUUCUCCCCCAGGCAGCACUUGAAGAAAUCCACAAGUUUUCUGGGAGCUACACCUGCAUGAACACUUUUAAAGGACGAACAUAGACCUGGUGGCACAAGGACUGUUCUGCAGUGAACCCAGCACAAGCAUGAAAAUCCUACAGGACUGUGAAUCAGCAAGUUUUGGCUUUCAGCCUGUUCAUGUGACUUGUGCUGCUCUGAGGCAACACAUUUCUUGCAGGUCAUAUCCAUAGUAACAUGACCUUUGCACAGGAUUGAGUGAGUGGACUAUGGACCCUUGGAAAGAAAAACAGAAAGUGUGAAAAGUUUCUAUGAUGUUUAAUUCUUUAGAGUUCAACUGUUAAAUCUACUCAUAGUUUUAAAAAUGUGAUUUUUGUUUGAGUGUCUGUGGGCUGUGUCAGUGGAGAGGCAGCACAUCCCAUCCCAAACACACUUUGUGCCCUCUCUGCAGAGGAACUGCCACUGGUUUCAUUUCAGCUUUUUGAAUGGGGAACUUCAAACGUACUUUAAAGAACUAAAAGAUACAGACAUUGAAUGGACGCUUCCUUCCCUUUCUUCCCUUUCCAUCCCAUGAUGAAGCUGUCCCCAGCACACACUGGGGAAGGAGCAAACCAUGUUUUCUUUGCUAAAGGCCACCAGGACUUCUCUUUCUGGGCCCAAAAAAAGCUGUUGUACUUCCCCUGUGGAGGCUGGUCAGGAAGGCUCAGGCAGCAGAGCUGAGAGUUUAAAUAGUGGAAGAUUCUUUCUGUCACUGAACUCGUAUGUGAAAUUGUUGUUCUGAUUUUUUUUUUGUUCAUUUAUGAUAAAAUAUAAAUAUAUUUUUAGCAUUAAUCCCAGAUUGCCACACAUGUAGGCAGCAGCACAUUGGGGAUGAACUAAAUCUAGAACUAAAACUAGAGCCUGCUUGUGCAAACAUACAUUCACUGACAUAAUCCAUGGAGAGGAAAAUCCAUUGUAUCAAUCUGCACAGUGAAGUGGAAUAAUGCUGUAAGAGACAGCUCUGUCAUGCUCAUGAGAUGUGAAAUUUGGGAGCACAUUUAGCAAAGACCUGAUUAAAUGCAUUUUGAAUUCA